AUGCGUUCCACCACAGCAUCAGCGCUCGCCCUCCUGAGCAUUCUCUCCACCUCUGCAGCCCUCCCAACCACCGACCUCACAUCCCGACAGGCUGCCGCGUGCUUCGUAAUCGGCAACACAGCCCUACCUGCCGAAAUCGCCGACACCGUGACCUCCAUCCAAAGUGCCGUCACCUGCGACAAUUCCGCCACCACAAUCUCCAACGUGCCGGACGUCUCCUCAGGCAGUUCCAAGUUCUCCGCAAUCGACUUCUCCAAAUCCUCCCAAACGCCUCUCGAGUUCGCACUUAGCAAGUUCGCAACCGCCGAGCCCCUUGCCGACACAGACCUGCAGACGUUCCAGAACAAUCUGAACGUGUACCUCGCGACGGAAGCCGGCAUCAGGAGCGUCGGCGGUAGCUUGGCGAUCAAGGUCCCCAAGUUCUUCCUUCAAAUGCAAGUUUCCAGGAUCCAGACAGCGCAGGGCAAUCCGCCUGCCGCAGCGGGGCAGCAGGUUGAUCACCUCAGGGACAAGGUUACGAAGAACGCCGCGGGGGAGAGCAAGGCGUUGCUGGAUCAGGUUACGUCGCUUGCGGCGCAGGUGCAAUAG